CUGACUUCUUUUUGCAUCCAGAGGAGUCGCCCCCUGCUGGCUGCUAGAAAGAAUGCAGGUUUAAUAAUCAAUAAAGUUUGCAUUUGAGAGGCUUUCUACAACUUUUUAUACAGCUUUUCACUCCCCCCAGGACCUGUAAACAGACUUUGACAUGUAAAUUGUGGAGCAGUUCACUUUAAAAAACAUCAGUGCUUGAGCUUAUUGGAUGAGCUUCUGGAUCCAGUAUCAGUCUGCUGGCAUGAGUCAGCCCUGCCCUCAGGAAAACUGGCAGCUAGCAGCAGCACAUCGAAAUGAAACACGCCCCUGCUUUAUUCCAGCUGAGCAUUUAGAGGAAAACAACGAAGAAAGCACCGCCCAUUCUCUGACUCACUCGUGUUAUUGUUCCGCUGGGAGGAGGCGCAUAUGGCGAAAGACAGACACCAGCUGCAAGACAGAAAACUGGGAUAAUAAUACUGCAAUCUACAGCAAACUAAAUGGCCUCUGGAUCAGAGUUGAAUCUCUGCUGUCCGAUCUGCCACGACAUCUUUGACAAUCCCGUUCUUCUGUCAUGUAGCCACAGCUUCUGUAAAGCCUGCCUUCAGAGGUGGUGGAGACAGAAGCAAAGUCACAAGUGUCCUGUUUGUCAGAGCACGUCUGGAAGGAAACACCCACCGUGCAACUUGGCUUUAAAGAACCUGUGUGAGGCCUUUUUACUGGAGAGAGAUCAGAGCGCCGAGACUCUCUGCGGUCUGCAUUCGGAGAAACUCAAACUCUUCUGUCUGGACCAUCAGCAGCCGGUUUGUCUCGUCUGCAGAGAUUCAGAAAAACACACGGAGCACAGGUUCAGACCCAUCGAUGAAGCUGCGAGAGAUCGCAGGGAGGAGCUCCAGAAAACCUUAAAGCCUUUAGAGAAGAAACUAAAGCUCUUUAAACGAAUUAAAGGAAACUUUGUCCAGACAGCAGAGCACAUUAGAGUCCAGGCCAGACACGCAAAGAGGGAGAUUAAGAAGCAGUUUAAGAAGCUUCAUGAGUUUCUGAACAUGGAAGAAGACGAGAGGAUUGCUGCUGUAAAGGACGAGGAAAAGCAAAAACGUGAGAUGAUGAAGGAGAAGAUGGAGGCUCUGAGCAGACAGAUAGAAGCUCUUUCAGACACCGUCAGAGCCACUGAGGAGGAGCUGAGAGCCGAAGACAUCUCAUUCCUCCACAGUUAUGCGGCUUCGGUGGAUCGAGUCCAGCGCUGCCCCCAGCUGGAGGAGCCACAGCUGCACUUAGGAGCUCUGAUAGACGAGGCCAAACAUCUGGGCAACCUGAACUUCAACAUCUGGAACAAGAUGAAUGAGGUAUGUGACCACUCUUACAGUCCUGUGAUUCUGGAUCCAAACACUGCUCAUCCGGGCAUCGUCCUGUCUGAAGAUCUGAGCUGCGUCAGAUGGGGAGAGAGGCCGAAGCUUCCAGACAACCCGCAAAGGUUCGACAGCUCCUGCAUCGUCCUCGGCUCUGAGGGCUUCGAAUCGGGGCUUCACAGCUGGGAGGUUGAGGUGGGAGACAGUUCGCACUGGAUUCUGGGUGUGGCACCAGAGUCUGUGGAGCGGAAAGGACAUUUAGACUCCAGGUCUGGAUUAUGGACCGUAGCGCUACAUAAAAGCACAUACAAGGCUUUCUCCCCAUUAAAUCCAAUGUUUGCUCUUCCAGUGAAGAAGCAGCUCCAGAGGAUCAGAGUCGAUCUGGACUGUGACCGAAAAGAACUGAGCUUCUCUGAUCCCAACAAGCUCAUACACACCUUCUCAUGCACUUCCACUGAGGCGCUGUUCCCGUUUAUCGGCACGAGUGACGAAUACCUACUGAGGAUACGACCACAUACAGAAAACAACACCAGUUACAGUGACGACGACGAUGAAGACAGUGAUGAUAACGACUUUAAAUGUGACAGUUCUGAUGACUCCUCUGUCUUUGCCUCGGUACUGAAGUUAAUGGAGUCAAGAGAAUGAAACAAAUUUGUUAUCCCUCCUGCGCUUCGUGGGGAAAUAUCGUGACGACUGCUGGAUGGAUUAUAAUAAAACUGACAAAACUCCACAAAAAAAUAACCUCCUCUAACAUUCAUGAUCCUCUUAUGACUUUGUCUACACUAGGGCAUGCCUGAAGAAUCAGAUGACAAGUGAAACCACAUAAGGGAAACAAAUUCUUCCCGUACAAAUGUCUUUCAAGUAGAAGUACUGCCUAUUAUGUCUCCAUUUUUCUCUUUUACAAAUGAAAAAGAACCAUUGCAUCAACACAACCCUGCAUGUAUUUUGCAGAACUGAAAACUGCAGUUACUAAACUAAGGAAAUUAAUCAAGUUUCCUGAGAGCACAGAUUAGUAAUUUCAGACAAUGACUAGUGAUAUCUUAAAUGUUUCUGAAAUCAGAUUUACAUUCCUUCACAUACUCAGCUGAUAACACAAAGAUCAACACACAUUAAGAAUAACAGCGAUGGCAUGGAAAAUGCUUGAAAACUAGUUUUUAUUCGAACUUUACUGAACAAAAUACAUUCCAUAUGAAACACACAAUAAAGGCAUUGCCAGAAACUACUGGCUUCUGAAACACACAUUCACAGAGAAAGGAGAACAUUUUCAGUCUUAAAUAGUCGUUCUGAGUGUGAAGGUGUCACAAUAUUAACUGUCAUCAUAUCGGCUGGAGUCUUAAACUCGGAGAGCAACCUUUGGCUUUUUGUUCAGCAAUGUCAUCCUGAGAGAAAGUCCUUCUGAUGAGUGAGAGGAUACAGAAAUAGACAGAAACAAAGAAAUUGAUGAUAUGUGUUUCCAUGGCGACAGCGGCUGAAGAUGUACUGACCAGUAAAACUCAAAUCUCAUGAAAAACCAACAUCGAUGGAUCCACCGUGUCAAAGAGCUCACUUGUCGUUAUUUUAAAUGUGUCCAGUCCUCACUAGAGCAGCAAAUGUGGAAUAAUCUGCAGUUUAAGAAACAUUUGGAGCUGUUUCAGGAAAUUACUCAGCCCUUUCUGAUGUGUGGGAGGAGUUUUUAGAGAUGUUCAGCAGGAACUGCCGGGCUUAGAGCAACAGGCACACGGCGGAAAUCAGAUAUUAUAUCAACCAGGGGAAAAAAAACAACACACUGGUUUUCUCAUGAGACUUGAGACCUUUAUACAAAAUGUACUGAAGAGAUGUAAUUUUAAUAUCAUUACAUUACGUUUAUCUGAGAUAUUUAGACAUUUGUUUUAAAUUUAUGGUACUUACAGGAGCUGCUUGCUUCUUGUUUUCACAGUUUGUAUCAAAAUUAAUUUAACCUGAAUCAAUAAAGCAUUUAUGAUGAU